CGUGGCUGUUUGGCUACAUCCGGUCGUAUAUAUGUUGCCACGAGUUAGCGUCGCAUUUUGGUGCGUGUCCAUUUUGAGCAGCGUUGUUGGUCUUCUCAGUAAUAUUCAAUUUAAGAACCAACCAUCAGAAUGGCAGACUCAGAGAAUCUGCUCAUGGAGACGUCAGAGGAGAAUGUCAACGGAGAGGACCAGAAUGGUGCUGAGCAGACUUGUGGAGAUGACGCAGAUGGAGACAAGAUUGAUGCCAGCAAAGGAGAGGAAGAUGCAGGUAAAAUGUUUGUGGGUGGCCUCAGCUGGGACACGAGUAAAAAGGACCUGAAGGAUUACUUCAGUAAGUUUGGUGAAGUGUCAGACUGCACCAUAAAGACAGACAACGUCACUGGUCGAUCUCGAGGAUUUGGCUUCAUUCUCUUCAAAGACUCUUCAAGCGUGGACAAGGUGCUGGCUCAAAAAGAACAUAUACUGGAUGGGCGUCAAAUUGACCCCAAAAGGGCAAUGGCCAUGAAAAAAGAACCUGUCAAGAAGAUCUUUGUUGGAGGGCUGAACCCAGAGGCACCUGAGGAGACCAUAAGGGAAUAUUUUGGAACCUUUGGAAAGAUUGAAACAAUUGAGCUUCCCAUUGACCCGAAAUUGAAGAAGAGAAGGGGUUUCAUUUUUGUUACAUAUGAAGACGAGGCCAGUGUGAAGAAGUGCCUGGAGAAGAAAUACCACACUAUCGAAGGAGGCAGGUGUGAGCUGAAGAUUGCUCAGCCGAAAGAGAUCUAUCUCCAGCAGCAACAGUAUGGAGGAAACCGUGGAGGUGGUUAUGGAGGCCGGGGAGGCAGGGGCCGUGGAGGUCAGAGCCAGGGCUGGAACCAGGGUUAUGGAAACUACUGGAACCAGGGAUAUGGUAGUCAAGGCUAUGGCUAUGGAGGAUACGGCAGUAGUGGCUAUGGCAGCUAUGACUACUCCGGCUACUAUGGAUAUGGUCCUGGAUAUGAUUACAGCCAGGGUAGUCCCAGCUAUGGGAAAACCCCGAGACGAGGGGGAAACCAGUCCAGCUACAAGCCCUACUGAUGAUCGCGCUGUAGGACCCCGGUGUUCCACUGAGGGCUGCACGGACACACUGGGCUUGACUCCACCUCUUUUAUGACAGAAGACAAUUUGUACAGAAAACAUCAGAAAUGUAACUUUUCAUGUUUGUUUUUUUUUUUGUUUGUUUGUUUGUUUUUUAAUUCCUAUCAUGUUUAGGUUUUAUUUUCCCCUUUGUUUUGGGUUUUCCUCCCUCCCAUCACAUUUCCACUAGAGGAAGUGUAAUUUUUACUGUACUUUUUGGUACCUGUCUUGAUUCUAAUGUAUUGUAAUGGUUGUAUUUUACAUGUUUGCUGACUUUACAGGUGAAACGCGAUGCUGUAAAGGAGCUUUUUUGAAAAAUAAAAGUUUUCAGUAAAGUUG